UGCUGCCGUCACCCCACGAACACCGUAACAUGAGGAUCCUGGUCGCCUUCCUGUUGGUUGCCUUCGUUGCAGCAGAGCAGAAGCGCGAGGCCGACCCCGGUCACUUCGGUCACGGCGUCGGUUUCCUCGGCCAUGGCCACUUCGGUCAUGGUUUUGGGUACGGCCCGGCCAUAGCACAUCACCCCUACCACGGUCACUCGUUCAUACAGUCCUAUAAUCAUCUCCUCUAUAAGCGAGACGCUGAUCCUGGUUUUUCACAUCACGGCUUCGGACACGGGCUGGGCCACGGGUUCUUCGGACAUGGUCUCGGUUUAGGCUAUGGCCACGGCUAUGGCUACGGGCCCGGCAUUGCCUACCAUCCCUACCACGGCCAUUCCUUCGUGCAGACACAUAACAUCGGCAAACGGGACGCCGAUCCUGGCUUCCUUCACGGACAUGGCUUCGGGCAUGGAUUUGGGCACGGACUUGGCUUCGGAUUUGGACAUGGUCUAAGUCUGGGGUAUGGUCAUGGCUACGGCUACGGUCCAGGCAUCGCUUACCAUCCCUACCACGGUCACUCCUACGUCCAAACACACCACAUCGGGAAACGAGAAGCUGACCCUGGCUUCCCGAUUCACGGUCAUGGAUUCGGACAUGGUUUGGGCUUUGGUCAUGGCCUUGGCUUCGGAUUCGGCCACGGCCACGGCUAUGGCCCAGGCAUCGCUCACCACCCAUACCACGGUCACUCGUUCGUGCAGACGCACCACAUCGGAAAGCGAAGCGCUGACCCCGGCUUUGCACACCCUGGCUAUAGUUUGGGACAUGUCUAUCAUUAUGGCCAAGGGUUCGGACACGGUGCCUCGUUCGGCUAUGGAACCAGCGUCUCUCACCCCGGGCAUGGACAUUCCUUCCAGCACAGACACGGCGUGGUUUAUCCUUAUUACGGAUAG